UGGGUCCAAGAUUUGUUUAUGUAAGCAUGUUCCCAUAGUUGAGCCACAUAUCGACCCCUCCCAUGGCAGCCCGCCUCGACAUAAAAGCCAGCGGUAAACGGUGAAGAGUUGGAGUUUGUGCCAACUUUCACCGGAGUGGACUACUACCGUCAGCCUGGGUCAAGGACCGCCGCGGGCGCAACAAGCAGCCAGCAGCCGCAGCAAGAAGCAAAACCACCCCGAGAAGAAAAAUGCCUCCCUUCGACAAAUCUAUGGAGCUGAUGCCUUUCAAGCAAAGAAAAUGCCUUACGACAAGAAAACAUGAAGUGUGCAGUAUUCGUAUUAAAUUCCCAAACAAGUUACCUGUGAUCGUAGAGCGUUACCUCCAUGAGAAGACCCUUCCCCUAUUGGACAAGACCAAAUUCCUGGUUCCAUUCGAGCUGACCUUCGGUCAGUUCCUCUGUCUACUCAGGAGUAAGAUUGACUUGGAGUCCACCCAGGCUCUGUAUCUGUUGGUGUCGGAGAGGAGCAUGUCCUGCAUGUCGUCCAGUAUGGGAGAGGUCUACUCUCAGUACAGCGACCCGGAUGGCUUCCUCUACAUCACCUACGCCUCACAGGACAUGUUCGGAGGGGAUGCAGAUGCUACCCAUCCCCGCUGAGCCCAAACCAUGUCUGAAAGAUCUGUCCUCUCCUCGCUUCCUCUCUCACCAGGUGAAGCCAGUCCAAGUAAUGAUGAGCUUCCACCAUAUUGUUUUCACCUGUCAAGUCUUUGACGAUGAAGUGACAGUGUACGGGAGGAAAGGUUGGAUUUUCAUGUGCUCUGUUCUCCCGCCCUUCUACCUCACGAAUGGACUGCGAAUCACUGUACUGCACCUUCGUCCUUCUCUUGGUUAGUUUCUGACCACUUCCAGCUCUGCCAGAGUUGGACUGAGAUGAUUGGACUCUAUUUGAUUUAUCGAUUUAUUCAAGGAGAUUUAAGAAAUAGAAAGAAACCUCUAUAAUAACUCUGUAAUAAUUGAGUAAAAUAUCAGAAGAGAUCAUUGUCGUAACACCAGAGAGAAAUAGGUUGGAGAGGGAUGCCCUACCUUGUGGGUACUCACCCUGACACAAGUGAAAUUCCUUCCUGUUUUGAUAUUGUAUCACUUCCAUGAACCACUGAGGUCUGUUGGGUGCUCUGGGGUCCCCCAUGUCUCCUAUCUGUUACCUCCUCCGCCUCUCACAAGAAACAUGUUGAAACGGAGGAAAAUAAGGUCAAUGAGAAGAUCUUAAUUGCAUACUCCUCACGUCCUCGCUCUUUGUCUCCUUCUUAAAACCCAUUGGAGGAGAAGGUCAGAGGGGUGGGACCUCUUGCUUUCAAAUCCAAUGGGUUUUUUCGAAGGAGACGAGGAGCGAGGACACGAGGAGUAUGCAAUUAAGAUCUUCUCAUAGUCUGGUUUUACUUCUUAGCACUUAAAGCUCCUUUAAGAUCUCCUUUCUGUGUUCCUCAUGAAACGUUAUCAUUCCUUUCUGUCUUCCUCAUGAAACAUUAUCAUUCCUUUCUGUCUUCCUCAUGAAACAUUGUCAUUCCUACAAAAUGUGAAUUUUUGACCUUCAGGCACAGUGUUAUUAAACACAAUGUUACAAGUUAGUCAAAGUGUUACAUGUGUUAUUUGGACUGUUUAUACUCAAUGAAGACUUAGAUGUGUUCAUGUUGUAUAUCUAACAAUGCUGUGCUCUGUGAAAUCAAAUGUAAUCAAAUUUCCCAAAUAAACUCCAUGUCCUUUUAAUGUA